AUGGAGGAAGAGAAUGCUGUUCUUUCGCAAGAUACCAUCAAAAAACCGAUUGGAGAAGGCGGUGAAACUGUACUGCAUCAAUUUCUUCGCCAAAUUUUCACAGAUCUUCGUGAACAAGGAUUAUGCGUUACCGGUUUGGGUGAGGACUUGCCUCAGCUUUACCUUCUUUUUACCCCAAGGCCUGUAAGCAACUCAGUUUCGAGUUGCUUUGUGCCCUCUGAAGUUGAACCUCCCACGGGUGCAGUGAGAGGCCCUUCCCCUAGCGAUAAUGCUACACUUGGUGGAACGGACAUCUGGUCUCGGGUCCCGUUCCCAUUCAAUGAUGAUGCAGCCGCAGUCAACGAUGCAACUGUGUUUGUUCUUGUCCGACCCCUGUUGUCCGCAGGCAGCAAGCAUGUUGUCUAUAUGCUGGAGAGAGAAGGAGGAAGCAGCCAUUUCUGGGAGGCUGGAGAUUUGGUUUCCCGUCGUAUAAUGACCCUAAUCAACGGUGAACGCACUGUUGCCGAGUUGGCACGUCUCGCCACUGUCGAUAUAAGUAUUGCGCGACUUUGCAUGGCUGAGUUGGCGCGUAUUGGUGCUGUUCGUGCAGUCUCAGCUCCUAUUUUUCUCCAUCCCACCAGUGUUCAGGGUGACUUAGCGGAGCUGUUUUCAGUGCCUGGCUAUGUUGGCCUUCCAAGGUUACUACGCUUAGCAACGGAUGAGACUCUAAGGAACGCUUGCUUUGAGUCUGUAUUAUCACAAUCCACAAUUCGUCGGCGCCUUCACGUUGACGAUCCGGACCGCCUUAUUUUGACAGUUCUCCAGGUGUACUCUAAACUAUGUGCUUCAUCCUACCUUAGUUUAACCUUUCUCCUUGCUUCCACCCAGCACAUCGCAGAGAUUCUUGUCUCUCCGUCGUCUAAAGAGUCAAAAAAUUCCUCCUUGCCCUGUAUUAGCCUUCUUCGCCUCGUACAAUUCGGCGAGGUAAACAACUUAAUUCACAGGCUCCACUGUUAUCCAGUUAUUGACGCUCUUGCAUCUAAGAGCCCACCUAUUAGCGAUCCAGCCACAUUAGACACCCAGUUGUGGACAUAUCUCUGUGAUCAGAUGAUGGAUGGUGUACAGUCAGUAGAUACUUUGGUCUACGAGGCAUCCGCCCAAGCAAUGAAAGCGAUAUCAACAACCACCGCACCGGACAAGCGUGCCGUUGGACGUUUUGGUUACGGCUCGGUAGUAUCUGUUAGGCCACCUGCAACCACGCUGCCCGACGCCGUAGUUGCCUUCACAGCACGACUUCUAAGAGAGAAGGCGGAAGGAGAUAGAAGACAGCCUGAUGGGAAGUGCGUUUGGACUACUUGUUUGUCGGAGACAAACUCCAGGGCGUCUCGUGACAAAGCUUCCGAUCCUACGACCACUCCGCCAACGAAUCGUCACGUAAAUUCGGGUGGGCCCUCCAGAAGCAAAUGCGAUCAACCCUUGCCACUCUCCUAUGGCUCUCAGUUGUUCAAGAAAAAUCAAGUUAUCCACUCAAUACAUACAUUAUGGCACUGA